GGCCCUCACUUCCCCUUCCUGCACAGUGCGCGCCUGGGGUGCCACGGAGCUGGAGCAGUCCUCGCUGUGGGCAGCCUGCAGCAGACAUGGAUCAAGAAGCCGUGGGCAAUGUUGUCCUGCUGGCCAUCGUCACCCUCAUCAGCGUGGUCCAGAAUGCAUUCUUCGCCCACAAGGUGGAGCAUGAAAGCAAGACUCAGAAUGGGCGGAGCUUCCAGAGGACCGGAACACUUGCCUUUGAGAGGGUUUACACUGCCAACCAAAACUGCGUAGAUGCGUAUCCCACCUUCCUUGUCAUGCUCUGGAGUGCCGGGCUACUCUGCAGCCAAGUUCCUGCCGCCUUCGCUGGAAUGAUGUACCUGUUCGUGAGGCAAAAGUACUUUGUGGGCUAUCUGGGAGAGAGAACGCAGAGCACACCUGGCUACAUAUUUGGGAAACGCAUCAUACUGUUCCUGUUCCUCAUGUCCCUUGCUGGAAUAUUCAACUAUUACCUCAUCCUCUUUUUCGGAAGUGACUUUGAAAACUACAUAAAGACGAUAACCACCACCAUCUCCCCUCUGCUUCUCAUUCCCUAACUCUCUGCUGAAUGCAGGGCUGGUGCUCUCAUCUAAUCGAUAACUAAAGUCAUCAUAACUCAGCUCUGUAAAGGAUGCGGCUCCUCUUUAGAUAGCUGUAAAUCUAAUGACCAUCUGGGCUUCGCAGCUUAAGUUAACGUUGCUUUUCCUGGAAGAAAGUAACUUGGUGGUAGCUCCACCUCUUGAAAAUGGCAGUGGCCCCAGAUUUGCUAAUCAGAUCCAUUCUGUGUGUUUCUUGACUUAUCCUGCUUUCUGAAGAUGUUUUGGGACCAGCUUUAUGUUUUCUUAAAAUAAAAUGCAGCCUAAAAUAAUGUUUAGGCUG